AUGAGGGAGCCGCGGUCCAUCUUCACAGGUAUUGACACAGCGACGCCUCACGACUCCACGCCCGAGCAGCGCAGGCUGAAGUUUGCCCUGUAUCACGAGCCUCCAAUUACGUCACCCACGACCCCGGACCCGCCCAGCGCCCUCGACGAAACAUCCAAUUUGGCCAUACUGCAGCCUCCAUGGACGCCCAAGUCGCCGCUUGACCGUCGCCAUUGCACUCCGCCGCCGGCUUCUGCGCACGGCGCUCGCCAGGUCAUUGGCAUAAAGCGCCCUGCUCCUCCCUCCACCGACGACGCCCUCGCGCCUACAUCGCCACACCUACGAGCACCCGCCAGCGAGCCCCUGCACAAGCGCCGAAAAGCGCACCCACGCUCACGACACUCGCUCGACCACUUCGGCUUCUCCAAGAGCGCCCAGUUCCGUCUCGACGGCCAGCCACCCUCGCCGCUGUUCUUCUCGUCGCGCAAUAUCCGCCCGCAGCUGCCCGCACGCUUCUCCACCUCCGAGGCCUACAGGAUGCUGAGCAAGACACGCGAGGACAGUGGCAUCAAGACCGUCACACUCGCACGGGGCACUUUCAGCGGCCUCAGCCCCCCAGGCCCCUCGGGCGCUGCCAGCGGGCGCACUUCUGAGCGCUCAAGCCUGCCCCCCGCAGCAUCGCCAGAUUCGCGCGACAAGCUUGAUCCACUGCGCGUACUGGGUUCCAUCGGCAUAGUCGAGCUGCUCGAGCAGGAUGAGCGGCCAACCUUCAUCGUCGACACGGGCGACUUCGCAAACUACAUUCCCGAAUCGUCUAGCUUGCAGAUACUCUUCUCCAACAGUGCCCUCCGACUAGACUCCUCCACCUGGGAGCUGGUAGCUGGCAAGCCUGCGGGCGCUCCCUCCGACCAUGACACGGCGCACGCAACACAACAAUUUCGAGGAUGGUUGUUGAGCACUGCAGUCCAGGGAGAUGGUUCCGGGGCGAAUCCUUCCCCGGUAGAACACGGUGGCAUUGUAUGGACCUGUUACACCUUGCGGAAACGGUUGCGCGUCGUUUCUGGUACCGUGUCCGCCCCUGCCAUAGUUUUGCCCGCUGUAGACGGCCCCAACGAUUUCGCUAUACCUUCAACCUCGUCCGCAGGCCUUGAGUCUGGAGCCAACGGGGAUGCCUCCGUAUCCUCAACGCAUCAAGGCGAACUGCAAGAUUAUUUCGGGAGCACCAUUCCUACGAUCCCCCAGGGUGAACCGACGCCUCCCAUCUCCGCGCCCCAGCCCGAACCAAACUACAAGAAGUUCGCCGACAGAGGCAAUAGCAUGAUUCCUAGGCUAUCUCAGAUCGACCUAUCCGCAGCGGAAGAUUCCUCUUCCUUUGGGAACGAGUGCGUAUUGCGAGCUCAUACUGCAGGCGACGUUGACCCGUUUCAUAGAGAAACUAACACCCACCGAAAUGAGCACCACGACAUGGGUUUCUUCGACUGGACCAGACUAGGUAUAUCGCCCUCUCUGCCUCGACACAUCCUAUUUGCCCGCUCAAUCGAUUGGGCAUCUACACCCUUGGGUCCCAUCGAAUACUGGUCCAACGACCUUCGCGCAAUGUGUAAUCUCAUCAUGGCGAGUCCCCAUCCUGCAGCUAUGUACUGGGGAGAAGAGCUUGUGGCUAUCUACAAUGAGGCCUAUAUUGGGCUUGCAGGGCAGAAGCAUCCUGCGCUCAUGGGCCAGAGUUACAAAGUAGCUUGGGCAGAAAUCUGGGAUGAGGUCAAGGGAGUAUUCGCAAACGCCCGUCUCACAGGCCAAGCGACUAUGAAGGACGACGACUGCUUGUUUAUGAAACGCAGCGGCUUCCUUGAGGAAACGUACUUCUCGUGGUCCAUCAUCCCAAUGGUCGGCGAAGACGGCACGGUCAUGGGUCUUUACAACCCAGCUUUCGAGAAGACACGACGGAAGAUUGCGGAGAGGCGAAUGCUCACUCUCCGCGAAGUCGGCGAACGGACUGCCACCGCUCGGGAAGUAAAGGGUUUCUGGGAUCAAGUGCUAAUAGCACUCACCGAGAACGAGUUCGAUACCCCGGUAGUAAUGCUCUACAGCGUAAACGAUGAGAAUGAUAGUGACUCGUCUUCCUUGCAAUCUAGCAGCUUGCUUGGCUCGAAACAGUGUUUUCUCGAGGGCUCGCUUGGUGUGCCAGCCGGCCAUCAAGCUGCCCCUGACCACAUUGAUUUGAAAGAAGGGCAAGAAGGAUUCGGGCCGGUUUUCCGCGAAGUAAUGAAGACCGACAAGCCUGUGGUUGUUAGCAUCGGAUCAGCCGACCUGCCACAUUCCAUGAUGGACGGACUCGAAUGGCGAGGCUUUGGAGAUCCCUGCCGCGACGUGGUCAUCUGCCCGAUCCAUCCUACGACUGGUGAAAACAUACUUGGCUUCUUAGUCAUGGGCAUAAAUCCGCGAAGGCCUUACGAUGACGAUUACAACCUCUUCAUCCAGCUAUUGAGUCGCCAACUCGCGACCUCUCUCGCUUCCGUCGUUUUGUUCGAGGAAGAAAUCCGAAGGGGGCAGAGGGCAGCCCGGCUCGCAGCGGAAGAUCGUUACAACCUCUCUACACAGCUCGCUGCACGUACGCAAGAAGCCAGGGAAAGCGAGACGAGAUUUACACGGAUGGCUGAAUUGUCUCCUGCAGGUCUCUUCAUUGCUGACCACGUUGGGCGCAUAACCUACUGCAACGAUACGUGGUAUGAGAUUGCGCGAGUGCCAAGAGAGCCGGAGAUGACCGACAGAUGGAUUGACUAUGUCAAAGACGAGGAUCAAGACCUCAUUCUUGCGCACUGGAAGGAACUAGUAAACAACACCACUCCUAUCAACAUAGAGUUCCGAUUCAAAGCACCUUGGGAGGACCGCAACCGGAACAAGAGCGAAACGUGGGUCUUGUUCCAGGCGUACCCCGAGAAAGAUGAGGAUGGGCAGCUGAAGAGUGUUUUCGGAAGCAUCACGAACAUCUCUCCACAGAAGUGGGCCGAGGGUUUCCAAAAGAGGAAAAUGGAGGAAGCUGUUGAGCUCAAACGACAGCAGGAGAACUUCAUCGACAUUACGUCGCACGAGAUGAGAAAUCCCCUCUCUGCUAUCCUGCAAUGUGCCGACGAGAUCAGCACCAUCCUGGGCGAUUUCAGAGCGUCCGGCUCCAAUGUCAUUGACGAGACUGUUUUGGCCGAUUCUAUAGAUGCGGCGCAGACGAUUGCUUUGUGUGCGCAGCAUCAGAAGCGCAUUGUCGACGAUGUCUUGACGUUGUCAAAGCUCGACAGCGCAAUGCUAAUGGUAACACCAGUCGACGCUCAACCACUACAAGUCGUACAGCGCGCCCUGAAAAUGUUCGAAGGAGAAGUUCAAACGGCUGGUAUCCAGAUGGAGUUUGUCCUUACCGAUUCGUUCACCAAAUUAGGUGUCGACUGGGUGAAGAUUGACCCGUCUCGGGUGCUCCAAGUUCUCAUCAAUCUCACCACCAACGCGAUCAAGUUCACUACCACCGAGGAGACCCGGACCAUCAAAGUCGUAUUAUCAGCAUCGAGAGAGCGACCGUCAGCCAGCGAUCAUCCCACCGUUAGCUACUUCCCCAUGCGAGCGAAGAGGACCGACCAAACUUGCGGUCCGGACUGGGGCGAUGGUGAGGAGAUCUAUCUGGAGUUUGCAGUGCGAGACACAGGCCGAGGUCUUACGCCGGAAGAAAAGAAGCUCCUCUUCCAACGUUUUUCCCAAGCGAGCCCUCGAACGCAUGUUCAAUACGGCGGCUCAGGUCUUGGUCUGUUCAUCUCACGCGAAUUGACUGAACUGCAGGGUGGAGAGAUUGGCGUUUCUUCCGAAGCAGGCAAAGGCAGUACUUUUGCUUUUUACGUCAAGUGUCGGAGAAGCAGCGAGCCACAAGAAGCUCUCGAAGUUCUUCCAACGCCAUCCAUGUCCAGGAAAGUUUCAAAUGCGAAGGACAAGGGCAAGAGGGAAUUGCCUGCGCCGUCCAAGAUUGCGACUAAGAUAAAAGACUUUGCGACGAUACCUGCCAAAGAUGGCGAUGCGUCAAAGCCGAAGCCAAAGAAGAGAGAACUCAAAGUGUUGAUCGUAGAGGAUAAUCUUGUAAAUCAAAAAGUACUCCAGCGGCAGCUCCAUAACCACGGUAUCCAAACGACCGUCGCGAACCACGGCGGCGAAGCACUCGAAGCGCUCAAAGCGUCCACCUUUUGGGCGUCGCCCCAGCAAUCCCCACUAGAAGACAUAUCAGUGGUGCUCAUGGACAAAGAAAUGCCAGUCAUGGACGGUCUACAAUGCACCUCUCAAAUUCGCUCCCUCGAACAGCAAGGCAAGCUCAAGAGACACGUCCCCAUCAUCGCCGUCACGGCGAAUGCACGCAGCGAACAAAUUGCAACCUUGCUCGCAGCCGGCAUGGACGACGUCGUUAGCAAGCCGUUUAGGAUCGGCGAGCUAAUCCCCAAAAUCGAAGAGCUGGCAAGCAAAUUCGGAAACAAGAAGAUACCAGACGAAGCUACGCUCGCUGUGCCCGUCGGGCCGAGCGUGAAACCAUAUGGCGUAUGA